AUGGACAUGAUAACUUUCAUGUUGGCGAGCCUUGCCCUCCUGAAUAUCAGGGACAACAUUUUCACCAGGGCCAUGCUGAGUGACAUUGGGGACUAUAUAGGUUCAGACAUACAAAUUUCCUGGUUGCCUAAUCUGGAUGAGUUAAUGAAGGGCUAUGCGCGAAAUUUUCGCCCUGGGAUAGGAGGCUCACCCGUGAAUGUUGCCAUGGCUAUUGAAGUAGCCAGUAUUGACCACAUCUCUGAAGCCAACAUGGAGUACACCAUGACCAUUUUCCUGCGUCAGAGCUGGCGGGACGACCGCCUGUCCUACAACCACACCAACAAGACCCUGGGACUUGAUAGCCGCUUCGUGGAUAAACUCUGGCUGCCCGACACCUUCAUUGUCAACGCCAAGUCUGCCUGGUUCCAUGACGUCACCGUGGAGAACAAGCUGAUUCGCCUGCAGCCUGAUGGGGUCAUCCUUUACAGCAGCCGGAUCACCUCGACUGUGGCGUGUGACAUGGACCUGACCAAAUACCCCAUGGAUGAGCAGGAGUGUAUGCUGGACCUAGAAAGCUAUGGCUACUCCUCAGAGGACAUUGUGUACCACUGGUCUGAGAGUCAGAUACAUAUCCACGGACUGGACAAACUGGAGCUCUCCCAGUUCACCAUCAUCGACUACAAAUUUGUCACGGAGACGAUGAACUUCAAAUCCGCCGGACGUUUCCCGCGGCUCAGCCUUCGCUUCCAGCUGAGACGAAACCGAGGCGUCUACAUCAUCCAGUCCUACAUGCCCUCCAUCCUACUGGUUGCCAUGUCCUGGGUGUCCUUCUGGAUCAGCCAAACAGCAGUCCCGGCUCGGGUAUCCCUGGGGAUCACCACUGUGCUCACCAUGACGACUCUGAUGGUGAGCGCCCGCUCAUCUCUCCCUCGAGCCUCAGCCAUCAAAGCGCUGGAUGUCUAUUUCUGGAUCUGCUACGUGUUUGUGUUCGCCGCGCUCAUCGAGUAUGCCUUUGCUCACUACAACGCCGACUACAGGCUCAAAGAGAAGGCCAAGAGCAAGGCCAACAAGAUGAGCUCCGAGUCAGUCGUAAAGAAUGGGAAACAGGCCAUGGUGCUCUUCUCCCUGUCCGUGGCUGGAAUGAACCAGGGCCUGAUGGUGUCCAGCCGCCGUCCGCAGCGCUCCGGCGCCGAGACCGCCGAGGAGGAGGACGUGGAGCACAGGAGGGGGCGGGGGACCACAGCGUCAGAGGAGAGAGAAGAGGAUAAGAAGUGCUGUAGUUGUUGUUCCAAGUGUUGUUGCGCUUGCAAGCCCCUCCAAGCUGAUACCAUAGAUGUCUACGCCAGGGCCGUGUUCCCUGCCACCUUCGCCAUCGUCAAUGUGAUCUACUGGGUGGCGUACACCAUGUGA